CCAGAGCAAAAAGUAUGAUCAGGAAUGCUGAAUGCCAGCAUAUUCAGAAUAAAUACAUCAUUUAACCUCAUUAUCAAGGGGACAGCUGUUUUUCACUUAGGAAAUACAGCUUAUCAUUAAUGGAUUUUUUCCCCAGGUAUAGUUAGAAAUUGAUUACAGUUUGGCAGUAAUGUGAUUCAACUCAGUUUUGUCUUGCUGGCUGGCAGUAGAAGCAAAUCCCUAAAGGAAACAUAAAAAUUUCUGGUUUUUGGGCAGGCUUUUCCAAAAUACAUGUCCUAAUGCUUCUGGGUUUCUCAGGUUUGAUUUACUUUAUUUUUUCUAAUUUGUUAAAAGCUUCAUAAGUUUUGUGUGGCACAAAAUACACUGGAUGCAGUGAAGUAAUCAGAUAUAGUAUUGUGAGUUGUAACUUCCAAAUAUUUUGGAAAAAAAAAUCACUUUAAAAAGUUGGAGUGUUUUGUAUCUGCAGCAUGAGCCACCUUUUUUUGCACAAGACGUGGAAAAUUGAAGUUUCACCUGCUCCCACAAUACAUUGCAAAACAAUGCCUCUUUCACAGUCAUCUCAAUUACUGUCCUAUCUCCAUUUAUGUAUUUUUUCAUUCUUUUUGAAGAUUCAGUGUAUGUGUGAUUUCACAGGUAUUCUAAUACUUGCAAAUGAAAAUUGUUUCAAUGUGCCUGUAACAGCAAAAACGAGAGUUACUCCAUCAUAACCUUGGAUCUUUGCUCCUGCAGUCAUAAAUUUAUAGGUAAUAAUUAUGCUGUCAUUUCAUCCCACUAGUUUGUGUGCACAUGACUACCAUUGCUUUUCACCUUUAUUAACGUAAAGGGUUUGGAGCUGUCUGCAAAGGAGGUUGGAGGAAGGAGUAAUGGGCUGGAAGGCUAGAGGAGAACGUGGUGAAGUCAGCUGUUAUUGGAAGGUGAUGCUAGAAGUGAUGCAUGAUGCACUUUCUUUGAAAAGAGUGUGGGGUUUUUGAUGACAGCUGACAAUUUCUGCUCCUCUCUGGGAACUGAAAGCUGGUGCAGCCAGACCUCCUCAUGAAUCAGGAAACACUGGUUCACUGGAGUGCAAUUCAGGAAUUUCCAAACUUGCCCUUGGUUAUUUCUAAGUGCUAAUUCAGACCAGCCUGCUGUAGCCUGACAGCUGUGCUGUUGUAAAGAGGUUGUAAACAGGACCUUGUAAGUCAGCCUGUGGCACUGUUUGGACCUGCAAACCCUCAGCAGAGUUCAGCUAGGUAAAGAGAAGUGAAAUGGUUGCUGUCCUGGCAUGACCUCUGUGUUUUGCUCUGACUGCAUCUCCCUGUGGAAGGGAUCUUGCCUGUGCAAAUAUGAAGUGCUUGAACUCUUAGAUUUCAAAUUUUAAUUGCUGACUUGAAAAGCCUUUUUACUGCCUUGGAGCUCCCUAAUUGUUUGUUUAUAUUGCAUCCAUCUGCUAUUGUGCCAGUAGGACCUUUCUGUGGACAGGAUGAGGGGAAUCUGGCACCGAGGGUUUUUGGUCCAGGGAAGAUUGUACUUGUCAGUGAGCAUUUGUGAAAAUUAAGGACAGGAGGAUUAAGAAGAAUGUAAUUUCAUUUGCUUCUUACCAGGGUCUGACUUAAUUUUCAUUCUCAGACUUUGCUUGAAAUAGUGUUCAGGCUAUGGACAACUCUGGGAGGGCUUAGCAUGUUUAAAUAAUACAGUUGCUGAUAAAAACCUUAACACAGAAUGGCUUUGGGAGGGGAUUCAGCUUUAUGAGUCGGCCCUGAGGUUUUCUCUCUGCCUAUGGCUCCUCUGGUGAGAUGGAAUGUUGCCACAGCCCCUUCCUAUUAGCCUGCUGUGUUUGUCCAGGUGUCUCCCUCUUCCAUAAAAGAUGGACCUGGCACACCCUCAGAUAGUGCUGCACCAAAGAAAAAUGACACAAAGUGUUUAUUUGAUGAUCUUUUGUAUCUCAUUAAUGUUUCCUCUUGCAACUGGAAUUUUUAUGGAGAAGCUUACCAGCAAGUAGCUGUGUACUGAUGAUGUACUGUACACCAAUUCCCUUGCCAGAGCAGAAGAGGAUUAUAAUGCUUCAGACUGCAGAUUCAUUAAUAUUAAGAAGGGUCAAUUGAUUUAUGUUUACUCAAAACUAAUGAAUGAAAAAGACUCUGGAGAGUUCUGGCCUGCAAGUAUAAGAGUUUAUGGAGAACAUUUUGAAGGCCAUAUGGGGACAGCUGGUUAUUUCUCUAGCAGUUUAGUGUCAGAACAACAUGUCUAUCAAGAAGCAAAUAAGACUGUUCCUACAAGGGUAAGGAAUUUACAAAUUCCCAGCUGGCAGCAUAAUUGUACUUGGCUAUGUAAUGCUAAUUUGCUGUAAAAUUAAAUCAUUAUUGUGGCAGUUGAUUGUAGCAUAUCACAGAUGCUCAGGAAUCCAGUCUUUGGGCCUUUAUACAGGCAAAUAACCUCAAUAAAAUCCCUAACAUUGAUACAACUGAUACAGCAGACAUUGUAAAUGUUGCAAUAAAGACUUGAUCCUUUUUA